GGCAGCGGCAGCUGGGACUGCAGCGACGCCCGGCCCCGAGAGUCGCAGGCAGUGGCCGGAGCGCGCAGCCGAACGCCCGGGCCCCAGACGCCGCGGACACCACGAGAGGCAGUUCCGGUGCCCUGACGCCUCCCUUGGUCCCCAGCGCAGCCCCAACCCCCUCCGCAGAGAAGUCGCAGCGUGAGCGCCCCUCGGCCGGCUCAGGACCAGCUACGGGACUAAGGACCAAAAUUUGGGCACCGAGAUCCUCCAUCUCUGCCCCCAGCUAUGAGCCGGCGCGUGGUUCGGCAGAGCAAGUUCCGCCAUGUGUUUGGACAGGCGGCAAAGGCUGACCAGGCCUACGAGGACAUCCGUGUGUCCAAGGUCACAUGGGACAGCUCCUUCUGUGCCGUCAACCCCAAAUUCCUGGCCAUUAUUGUGGAGGCUGGAGGUGGAGGUGCCUUCAUCGUCCUGCCUCUGGCCAAGACAGGGCGAGUGGAUAAGAACUACCCACUGGUCACUGGGCACACUGCCCCUGUGCUGGACAUCGACUGGUGCCCACACAAUGACAACGUCAUCGCCAGUGCCUCAGAUGACACCACCAUCAUGGUGUGGCAGAUUCCAGACUACACCCCUAUGCGCAACAUUACAGAACCCAUCCUCACACUCGAGGGCCACUCCAAACGUGUGGGCAUCCUCUCCUGGCACCCCACUGCCCGGAAUGUCCUGCUCAGUGCAGGUGGUGACAAUGUGAUCAUCAUCUGGAACGUGGGCACUGGGGAGGUGCUUCUGAGUCUAGACGACAUACACCCGGACGUCAUCCACAGCGUGUGCUGGAACAGCAACGGGAGGCUGCUAGCCACCACCUGCAAGGACAAGACCCUGCGCAUCAUCGACCCCCGCAAGGGCCAGGUGGUGGCGGAGCGAGCCCGGCCUCACGAGGGCGCCCGCCCGCUGCGGGCCGUCUUCACCGCAGACGGGAAGCUACUCAGCACCGGCUUCAGCAGGAUGAGAGAGGUUUGCGGCCCACGAGGGGAUGAGGCCCAUGAGGGCCGUCUUCACGCGCCAGGGUCAUAUCUUCACCACGGGCUUCACCCGCAUGAGCCAGCGAGAGCUGGGCCUGUGGGACCCGGUAACGCAGCUGGACGCUUGGGGUGUGUGCCCCGGGGACUGGCAUCACGGGAGAGGGGCCAGGCGCCCCCCACCCGCAGGGCAUGCCCACCUGGACAGGGCUGGAGGCUGCUGCCCUCUUUGCAGCGCCUGCCAUCCUCACAGCCACCCCUCUGCCCAGUUUUGCUGCGUCGCCUGAAGGAGCCCACGCUGGCGCCCCCGCCUGGUGAUGCCGAGUCCCUGGGGGUGGUUUGCGGUGACUGCAUGCGGCGGUGCAGGGGAUAUAGGUGCGGGGGACCGAGAGUGGUGUACAGGUGUGGGGUCUGCAGCUCUCUUCACCAGAGUUGCCUUGGGAAUGCGUGGGUUUUGGGGAGGGCACGACGCGUAAAGGAGCUUCAGGGGAUCCAGAGCGGCACGGCGAGCGGGACAGGGCUGGUCACGCCUCCUGUGCUCGGGCAGAACAACUUCGAGGAGCCAGUGGCACUGCAGGAGAUGGACACAAGCAACGGGGUCCUACUGCCCUUCUACGAUCCCGACUCCAGCAUCGUCUACCUGUGUGGCAAGGGCGACAGCAGCAUUCGGUACUUUGAGAUUACCGAGGAACCACCUUUCGUGCAUUACCUGAACACGUUCAGCAGCAAGGAGCCGCAGAGGGGCAUGGGCUUCAUGCCCAAGCGGGGACUGGAUGUCAGCAAGUGCGAGAUUGCACGGUUCUACAAGUUGCACGAAAGAAAGUGUGAACCCAUCAUCAUGACUGUGCCCCGCAAGUCAGACCUGUUCCAAGACGACCUUUACCCAGAUACGCCGGGCCCCGAACCGGCCCUAGAAGCGGAUGAAUGGCUAUCCGGCCAGGACGCCGAACCCGUGCUCAUCUCGUUGAGGGACGGUUACAUGCCCCCCAAGCACCGCGAGCUGCGGGUCACCAAGCGCAACAUCCUGGACGUGCGCCCGCCACCCGGCCCCCGCCGCAGCCAGUCAGCCAGCGACGCCCCCUUGUCGCAGCACACCCUGGAGACGCUGCUGGAGGAGAUCAAGGCCCUGCGCGAGCAGGUGCAGGCCCAGGAGCAGCGCAUUACGUCUUUGGAGAACAUGCUGUGCGAGCUGGUGGACGGCACGGACUAGCGCAUCGCGCCGGGGAAGCUCCAAGCCGGGAGGGCAAAGUGGGGCGGAGCGCAAGCACUCCCGCGCCGCCCCGGCUUUGGGUCCUCUGGACCCCGCCUCUCUGGGCCUGGGCCGGGAGUAGGGAGGGAACUCCGCCCCUCGCGGGAGUCCUGGACAAACGAAGCGUUGCGGACA